ACCGCCGGGCCGAACCUUGGAGCGGAACAAAAGCCGGACGCCCCCGGCCGAGCGGUCCCGAGUUUGCUAAGUCGCUUGCCGAGAGCGGCGGGGACCGGCUCGCAGGGGCGGGAGGCCGGGAGCCGCUGACCAGGUUGGUACUGCAUUUGCAUUCCGUGAAUCACCCGAAUCCUGUGCACCUGGGCAGGCACCUGGUCAGUUGAUCUUGUGAGAUGGCAGCCAUCAACCCGUGGGCCUCGUGGGGUGUCCUUACAGACCAGUCCUGGGGAAUGGCGGCUGUUGACCCAUGGGCCUCCUGGGCUCUGUGUCCUCAGGACUCCAGCUGGCAUGUGGAAGAGAACCCCGAGGAGGAGAGGAGGGCCCCUGGGCUUCCAACAGCCCAGAUCCAGGAACCAGUGACCUUCAAGGAUGUGGCGGUGGACUUCACCCAAGAGGAGUGGGGGCGGCUGGACCCUGUUCAGAGGACCCUGUACCGCGAUGUGAUGCUGGAGACCUAUCGGCAUCUGCUCUCUGUGGGGAAUCAGAUUGCCAAGCCGGAGGUCAUCUCUCUGUUGGAGCAAGGAGAGGAGCCAUGGUCAGUGGAACAAGCAUAUCCUCAAAGCACUUGUCCAGAGUGGAUGAGAAAUCUUGAAAGCAAAGCAUUGAUCCCAACACAAAGCAUUUUUGAGGAAGAACAAUCCCAUAGCAUGAAGUUGGAAAGAUACAUAUGGGAUGAUCCUUGGUUCUCCAGGUUAGAAGUCUUGGGAUGUAAAGACCAAUUAGAAAUGUAUCACAUGAACCAGAGUACAGCUAUGAGGCAAAUGGUCUUCAUGCAAAAGCAAGUGCUGUCUCAAAGAGGUUCUGAAUUCUGUGAACUUGGAGCAGAGUAUAGCCAGAACUUAAACUUAGUUCCGUCUCAGAGAGUUUCUCAAAUAGAACAUUUCUAUAAGCCUGAUACAAAUGCUGAAAGCUGGCGGUGUAACUCAGCCAUAAUGUAUGCAGAUAAGAUUACCUGUGGAAAUCAUGAUUAUGACAAAGCCUUGCACCAGUCUGUACAACCUAUUCAGCAUGAAAGGAUGCAAACUGGAGAGAAUCUUCUCAAAUGUACUGAUGCUGUUAAAUCUUUCAAUCAUAUACUACAUUUUGGUGAUCAUAAGGGAAUGCAUACAGGAGAAAAACUCUAUGAAUAUAAGGAAUGCCAUCAAAUCUUUAACCAGAACCCAUCAUUUAAUGAACAUCCACGACUUCAUAUUGGAGAAAACCAGUAUGAUUACAAAGAAUAUGAGAAUAUCUUUUAUUUCUCAUCAUUUAUGGAGCAUCAAAAAAUUGGUACUGUAGAGAAAGCGUGUAAAUACAAUGAAUGGGAGAAAGUCUUCGGGUAUGACUCAUUCCUUACUCAACAUACAAGCACUUACACCUCAGAGAAACCCUAUGAAUAUAAUGAAUGUGGGACAUCUUUCAUCUGGAGCUCUUACCUUAUCCAGCAUAAGAAAACUCAUACUGGAGAGAAACCCUAUGAAUGUGAUAAAUGUGGAAAAGUGUUUAGGAAUCGUUCAGCCCUUACUAAACAUGAACGGACUCACACUGGAAUAAAGCCCUACGAAUGUAAUAAAUGUGGAAAAGCCUUCAGCUGGAAUUCUCAUCUAAUUGUACAUAAAAGAAUUCAUACAGGAGAGAAACCUUAUGUAUGUAACGAAUGUGGGAAAUCUUUCAACUGGAACUCACAUCUUAUUGGACAUCAGAGAACUCAUACUGGAGAGAAACCUUUUGAAUGUACUGAAUGUGGGAAAUCUUUCAGCUGGAGCUCCCAUCUUAUUGCGCAUAUGAGAAUGCAUACUGGAGAGAAGCCCUUUAAAUGUGAUGAAUGUGAAAAAGCUUUCAGGGAUUACUCAGCGCUUAGUAAACAUGAAAGAACUCACUCUGGAGCAAAACCAUAUAAAUGUACAGAAUGUGGAAAAUCCUUCAGCUGGAGCUCCCAUCUCAUUGCCCAUCAGAGAACUCACACAGGAGAGAAACCGUAUAACUGUCAGGAAUGUGGCAAAGCAUUCAGAGAACGCUCAGCCCUCACUAAACAUGAAAUAAUUCAUUCUGGAAUCAAGCCUUAUGAAUGUAAUAAAUGUGGAAAAUCCUGCAGUCAGAUGGCUCACCUUGUUAGACAUCAAAGGACUCAUACUGGAGAAAAGCCCUAUGAGUGUAAUAAAUGUGGAAAAUCCUUCAGCCAGAGUUGUCACCUUGUUGCUCAUCGGAGAAUUCACACUGGUGAAAAACCUUAUAAAUGUAAUCAAUGUGAAAGAUCCUUUAACUGUAGCUCUCACCUUAUUGCACACCGGAGAACUCAUACUGGAGAGAAACCAUAUAGAUGUAAUGAAUGUGGGAAAGCAUUUAAUGAGAGUUCUUCCCUCAUUGUACAUCUAAGAAACCAUACUGGAGAAAAACCCUACAAAUGUAAUCAUUGUGAGAAAGCUUUCUGUAAGAAUUCUUCUCUUAUUAUUCAUCAGAGAAUGCACAGUGGAGAGAAACGCUUUAUAUGCAAUGACUGUGGAAAAGCCUUUAGUGGUCACUCAGCCCUACUUCAACAUCAGAGAAAUCAUAGUGAAGAGAAACUGUGAAUUGAAUUGAUAGAUUUUUCUUUUAUUGUACAUUUGGCAACAC